AUGUCAAUGCACAUAGAUAUUGCGGAGAAGGAGCCUAAGAUGAACAUGGUGAUGCAUAAUAAAAUACAAGAUCUGGACAUUAUUAGUACCAUGCCCGAUGGCGUUAUUUCACACAUCAUGAAUUUUCUGAUUACUAAACAAGCUGUUCAAACUUGUAUCCUAUCCAAAAGAUGGAAGGAUCUUUGGAAGUCUCUUCCUACUUUGAAAAUUAGUCGUGAACACUUUCGAAGUGCAGAACUAUUCAAGAAAUUUGUGUCUAAGGUUUUGCAAAACCGCGAAGAGUCUAGUCUGCAUAGUCUUGUUGUUGAGCAUCAAGGGUAUAUUCCCUCCAACAUUUUGAGCAAGAUGAUCAAUAUUGCACUAUCAAAAAAGGUAGAGAAAUUCAUAGUCGGAACCUUCCUUCGUGAUCAGAAAAGUAAUAUGCUACCUUUUAACUCGAUAUUUUUCCUUCGUUCCCUGAAAUGUCUUGACCUUACAUUUCAAACAAAUGGAUCGACGAAGGUGAAGCUUCCAGAAACUAUAUACCUUCCAGAGUUAGUAGAGUGUCAUUUAAGAGAUGUUGCAAUUACUUCAAGUGGUGGCAAUGAUUGUGUUAAGCCCUUCAUAGAAUCUAAGAAGCUUAUUACUUUAGUCAUGGACUAUUGCGAACUAAUAGGGGAUGCAAAAAUGGUUUUUAUAUCUGGUGAUAACCUUGCUAGUGUAACCAUUAGGUUUCGCGAGUUCGAUGGUAAAUUUUUUAAAUUCCAGAUAUCUGCUCCAAAUUUAAAAGCGUUCAAGGGAAAUAUGUUAAAUUUACUUCAAGACUCUCCACAUGCAGAAAAGAGAAUCAUUCAAGGAGGAGAGUACCCACCGGAAUUCUCGCCAGUGUUUUCAUGA